AUGAACGAAAUAAACGCACUGUUAUCGGAAACUGGUAGACAACCCAUUCUGGAAAUGCAGCUCCGGCAACUUGCACAACGUUUCGGAUUCACUCAUAUUAACGCUGAACAGAGUUUGGAAUUGUUGAAGAAUCUAAUGAAUUCAAAAGGAUUUCAAUCCAAAAUAGCACUGUUAUCAGCUAAUGUUGAUCAAGAACAAAAUAAAAAGCCUGAACCAAUAAGGCCUAUUAAUGCACCAUCCCAUUUUAUACCAGUAAAAGGUAUGCGUAACGGUCAGUUCAGUUCUGUCCUCUCUUUGCUACCUAACGAAUUGCGGAAAAAAUUUGUGGUUGAAUCGAAAAAUUUAUUUGGUUAA